AACCCUAAAGCCCCACACUGAUACAUAGCAAAUUCAACGUAAACCCAGCUAUUUUUCAGCCGUUUUUUGGCAAAGUUUCAAUGAGAUUUCACUUUCUCAGUCGUUUGCCCCACCAUUUCGGGCAAUGCAUUGAUGGAAGCUUUGUUCGUUUCUCAUCUCCAGCUAUUACCCAACGUGAAGUGUUCAAAUCGUUGGUGAAAGGUGGAGAAUUGCAACUUUCGUCGUCCCAGUCGCUGCUCCACAACAAUGUAUACGGUAAAAAUCGGGUAUCUGCUGGACCGGUGAGACCGGUGACCAAGGGAAGAAAGGAACGAGCACAUGCACGAAGACUUUCUUUCUGGACCGGAGGAGUGUUUGGAUCGAAGAGGGGGAAGAUCUUCAUUUGGUCCGGUUUCUUCAUAGCCGAGUUGAUCGUGGCCGUUCCUCCGUUUGAUCGUGGUCGUUAGUCCGUUUGACCAUGGCCGUUGGUCCGGGAGAUCCGUUACGCGAUUGCCACGCGUAGAUAACGUCCUGCCAUGUUCAACUGCCAAUCGUACGGGUGUCAGACCGUACGGCCAACCUAACCCAACCUAAUCCAUUUCAGAGAUUUUCUUUAUUUUUUAGUUUCUCAUGUUGUAUGAAGCCCAUGGGGCAAUACUAUAAAUAGGGCUCAUUGCCCUACUUUUGAGGGGUUGGCUUCCUCAUAUCAAGAACUCUUGCAAUAGCAGAAAAUAUAUACUCUCUCUCUCUCAAUUAUCUGAUUUUGAUU